AACAACAAAAGGAGAGCAUGCAGAGGAGUGUUGUUUUGACUACAUAGAGGGUAAAACACGAAAUCUUUAAAUAUCCGAGCAAGGCUGGCAGUAUUGAGCACCUACCGCGUGCAUCGAGAUUUGCGUUGAGCGAGACUACAUUGCAAGUGAUGGUCACCUCUGCACUGAACACGAACGCUCACUGCAAAGUCUGCGCCGAUUUUUCUCCUCUGUCGCUUCGGAGUGUGGGAGUGACUGAACCGCCAAGUGGAAGUCUUAAAUUAGCCUCCGUGAUGAUCAUCAACGUCGACGCCUCUGGUUCUCGACACGCCUUCGAGGUCAACGCUUCGGACAAGGUCGAGGUCCUUCUGUGGCAGGUCAUUUCGAAGGGGAUACCUGCGCGAGGCCGACGUCUUGAGUACAGAGACAGGGUUCUGGACGACGACGAGACUUUCUCCCACUAUGGGAUAAGGGAAGGAGAUACAGUGCAGUUUGUCCGAUACUGUAAGGGAGUGCACCGCGCCGCCCGCGGAUCCCUUCUCUCUGUGGCGACCGACUCGGGAAAUGUUACCAAGAUGGUCGUCGACGAGGAGAGCUCCGUGCGCGAGGUGAGGGACGUGGCGGCGAGGGAUGCGGGCGUGAGCGCGAGCAAGCUGCAGCUCAUUGCAGGAGGCGUCGAGAUGCAGGAGGACCGGAGGCUGAAGGACUAUGACAUCACCGGCGACGCUGUGGUGUGGAUGGAGGUCGAGGGAAAGAGGAAGGGACGCGCAGGAGGGAGCGGAGCCAGCCACAGCAGCGAGGCCGGCUGGUUUAGCGCUUGCUCGGUUAUAUAAGUGUACGGUCAAACUACCCAUAAAUUUCACUGGAAUCCAGUGAUUUUCUUUGGGCUGGAACCAACCCACCCAUCCGUGGUGUUCAGGCUGCGAAAACAACUGUCGGUUUUGUGGCAUCAACAUAAAUCGCAGAAACUCGCUAUGGAUCCCGCAACCUUUUCCUUAACUCUUGCUUCUCUUUCAUGUUUCUGGGGUUCUAACAUUUUCUAGGAAGGAUGAAAUGUCUUCAGAAUUCAACAUUUCAAAUAUUCAUGGGAUCUGCGGUUUCAACUUGAAGUUGUUGACUAUGCGCUUGUUUAUAUUCGUCAGUCAAAUGAGAAUCCAUGGUCAAUGCAUUUGUUUAUAAUUUCAUUCGUGUUUCAGUUUAAAUAUAUAUAUAUGUAAAUAUCGAUGUAAAACUAAAUAUGGAUAAUUCUUAAUUAUCUAAAAUAUAAAAUAUUUGUCGUUUGAAAUUAAAACAAGUGCAUACCAUGAAUACUAUAGAUUCUCAACGUGUGCAAAAUUUUUCCAUCGAUGGAAGAGUGGGUAUCGGAAUGAAAGCGCAGGCGAGAGUCCAUUGGAUUGAGUCCAUCGAUGGGCAUAUUCCAUUGAAAAUCGUUGGAUUUCAUGAAUCUAUGGGUAGUCUGACCAUCCCUUAAUGUCAUCCUGGGCGGUUUUUGUGCUGCUAUUAUUGGUUGCAGUGUAUAUGGUGAUACAUACAUAUUUGUUUCUAUUAGUAAAUACACACUUGCAAACGCACACUCUUGAAUAUACUAGCAAGACCCAGAAUGAACAGUAUACUUGAGCAUUUAGACAACAAAACCCAACAAUAGGAUUGAUUCAGAAACUCGAAUCUUAUGUCAGAUGUACUGAGGUAUUUAUGUGAGAUAGAAUCCCUCUCUGUGUCAAUUAUUUAUUUCUAUUAUUUAUUUAUUUAUUCGAAGUAGAGAAGUAUGUAAUUUCCUUAUGUUCUAUGAUAAUUUCAAUAAGUAUGAAAGAUACUUUCAAUAAUUUUGACGUAUA